GCUGAAAGGAUAAAUGGAUGUGUGGAUAUUCUUAAAAAAGAAUUUGUUUGUAAACGGUGGAACUGAAGUUAAAUUGAAGUUGUCACCGGACCGUUUUGUAAGCGGCACAGCGUUUCGGGGCGGAAACGGAGGAAAAGCAGCUAUUAUGGCGGAGACGCACAGCUUGCAGGAUCUGAGGCAGCAGGCCACCGUCGCCUCCAAAGUGUUUGUUCAGCGCGACUACACGUCAGGAACCAUCUGCAGAUUUCAAACCAAAUUCCCCACCGAGCUCGAGACCAGGAUUGAUAAGCAGCAGUUUGAAGAGACGAUCCAGACGCUGAAUAAUCUGUACGCCGAGGCGGAGAAGCUGGGAGGGAAGUCGUAUUUAGAGGGCUGCCUCGCCUGUCUCACUGCCUACACCAUCUUCCUCUGCAUGGAGACGCACUACGAAAAAGUGCUGAAAAAGAUCGCCAAGUACAUCCAGGAGCAGAAUGAGAAGAUCUACGCUCCUCUGGGUCUGCUCCUCACCGACCCCAUCGAGAGGGGACUCCGAGUCGUGGAGAUAACCAUAUUUGAGGACAGAAGCAUUGGCUCAAGAUAAAACACACCGAAGCAGUAAACGUUGGCCAUGUGAAGCUCUGACCUGCUGGAGUCAGGAGCCUUCUUCACUGCUCGUCAUCACCACGUCUCUGACCGCAGACGCUCCAUCCCACUCCUUCGUUUUCUUCUGUCCUCCUCCUCCUCCCCCGCAUUCCUCCCAGGAGAGCGAAAGCUGACGAGCCCUUCCUUUAAGAAAGCUGAGCUUACUUCAUUUCGUGUUUUUUGUAUGUCUUAAUUACCGGAAAUGAUUUUAAAAGCAACAUGUUUUUCUAUAGUGCUCCUUUUAAAAUGGUUUCUGUUUCACCUCGCCUUUUUUUUAAAAAAAAAAAAAGUUUUUUUUUUUUUUUUGUAUAUAAAUAUAUAUAAAUAUAUAUAAGCGUGUGUUGAGUGAAGGGCAGUGUACAGUGUUGAUUCGCCACACGGCUGCAGUGUUCAGCGAGACGGCGUAGCUUCAGUAACCAGAUGCCAAAUCGACUUCACGAUAUAUCACAAUUCUAGUCCUCUUCCUCAGUCGCAGUGACCGGUUGUGUUAGUAUACCGAUUGUACAGCGUGACAGGAGUCUGCGCUUCACCAAGGGGCGGAGCUUAUAAGUUCAAGUCCAAUUGCAAGUGACAUCGGCACGAGCAUUUCUGUUUACUACUUCACCUCGAUGACGAGAACGUCACCGGCCGAAGACGGCUACCUAAAUGUAUCAACAGCUAGCGAGCCUAGUUAACGGUAACGCUUGAGCAUUAACUACCUUGUGUUAUUAAAGUUAUUUUACUCUUCACACAGUACAAGUGAUCAAGUUUGUGACCUGCGUUGAUCUUGCAGACCUCAGGAUGCCUGUUCCUUUGCUGGACAUUCAUUCAUUCUUUCUCAGUCUUGUUUAUUUUAAUAUCUAUAUACACAAAUUUGUCACCUAUACAGACACUUUUAAAGAUGACUGUCCUUAUACUGCCUUAUGAAUAGGACAGAAUUGAUCUCAUAUUUAAUCCAUGCGUGUUAAAUAUAACAGUAUAGCUAAUUAUUAUUAUUGGCACCUAAUAUAUAGAUAUAAUGUACAUUUGAAUCUCAUUAGCACUGAUGAAUCAAUGAUUUUGAUGACCCCCCCCCCAUUUCAUUCAUAUGCAGUGAUUUUGCUUUGAUUAUGAUCCUAGAAAACACUAACCCCCACAAUUUAACCCUGGUCCUGAACACACUUACAUUAUUAUUAUUAUUGUUAAAGACUCUAUCUGUGAUUGUGUGGAUGGUGAUGGACUGUGUUUUGCAAACCAACAGUCAGGUCUUAGUCUAGUUGAUCGAAAGCUGUUUGAUUUCAAUUUGUGGCCCCUCUGUAUCAAUACUGACGCUGUAAAUCCCUUAGAAAUCCAACAGACACCGUGUUUAUUGCUUUCACAAGCACAGCUGCCAUUUGUAUCUUUGUUGUACCAUAAUAAAAUCGUCUUUUCUUGAACGAUCUCUGCACACCUUUUAUUUAAAACAUGUAAUAAAGUCAAUGUAUCUUCAA